CCAAACCUGGAGGCUGUUGAUGCGGACCCACACUCUGCCGUCCCCAGCACGGCAGACUCUCCGUCCCCACCCAAUUCACAUCUCACGUGGACUGGAACUGGCCGCCCGCAUUUCCUGAGGGCAGGAUGGCGACGAGGCCGGGACACUUGCUGAGCCGGGACCACCACGACGACUUCGUCGAAAUUGUCGAGAUUAGUGAUGAUGAGGUGGAGUCGCCUGCAAGCCCUACUGCCGCCGAGACGUUGUCGGUUGAAGAAGGCGCAGAAGCAUCAGUCGCAGAUGAUUCUGGCGAGGAAACCCAGACAAACGAAGACGAGGAGCGCAGCGAGGUGCCUGACGUCCAAGAGUUGAUGACUGGCAGUGCAGUUGCCUUCGACUCAUCUCGUGAGUAUUCCGACCAGCGCACAGUCGACGAGUUAUAUGCCGACAUCGACGCAUACAUCGCUUCAGCAGAGCAAAACCUACUUGCCGAGAGCGAGUCAUUGGAUAUGCAAGUGCCUGCCAAUGCUGCCGACGAUGUUUUCAUCCGCGACUUCUCGCGGGCCCUUCAGUUGGCAUUGGUGACCGGAAUGCAGCUGAAACCACGGGAAGCAUAGCUGCCGAACAACAGCCUAAGGCUGAACCCACAGACGCUGCAGUCGAGGCAGAGCAGUCUGUCCGUGACGAAGAGAAGGUCGUGGAAGCAUCCUCAGAUGAUGUUCACCCGGAAGAGAUCACCGCAACAGCAGAGUAUGAGGUCGAGGAACCCGUCACGGAGGGCAGGCGUACUGAGGAACCUGCCGAUAAUCUACGAGCCCCUAGCAUUAUUACUGAAGAGCUAUCGGAUGUCGAAGGCG